UACUUGCUAAAUACCGAAGAAUACAGCAAAUUUUCUUCUAUCAAUUACGAUGUUUCAAGUUUGCGGCCGCGAGUUAUUGGUAUUUCUUCUCGUCAGGAUUGCAUUGGCUAGAUCCGAUCCUAUUAGAUUUGGUACAACAAUGCGGCCAAACUUUCAACGCAAUGAAGGAGAAGUUGCUUUGGAUUGCCCUGAAUCUCAUCCAUGGGCGAUGGCUAAUGGAACACGUUGCUGUGAACGAUUUCACGCAGCCAAUGAUUACGACAAAUACUUGGAUUGGUACGAUCCUGAGUCAUCAUGUUACAACAACAAUUCCUUAAGUUGUCCAGACAACAAAUUAUGCAUAACGAGAAAGGAGUUUAUGAAGCCUGAUAUUUGCCCAAAUACUUUUCCCAUUCAAAUGAAGAACGCUUGUUGCAAAAGCAUUUGGAAAAAGAACGAUGGUGAUUGUGAUGGUGGUCGCAUUAUGGACAAUGAUGAUCCCCAAUGCUGCCAAGAGGGGAACUUAUUUCAAACGUCCGCGUGCCAGGCAAAUAAGAAGCGUUGUAUGGCUCCCUCGGCAUUCAAAGCUCCUGAUUUAUGUCCGGAAUCUCAUCCUUGGGCUCUGGCAAAUGGAACUCGUUGCUGCAAAAGGUUCCACCGUAUCAACGAUUACAACAAGGAUUUGGAUUGGUAUGAUUCGGCAUCGCUUUGUUAUGACGACAACUCUAUUCCUUGUAAAAGUGGCAAAUGGUGCUCAACAAGGACCGAAGUUAUUUCACCCAUUGAAUGUCCUCACACGCAUCCAGUUCAAAUGAAGAACGCUUGUUGCAAAAGUUAUUGGAGAAAAAAUGAAGGAAUUUGCGAUGGUGAUCUCAUUGACGCCGGAGAUGAUCCUGCAUGCUGCGCAAAUGAAUACCUUUUCCAACCCGCAUUGUGCCAGGAAAACAAAAGACGUUGUGUGGCGCAAGUGCCAGCGAUAGAUUGCUCAUUUGAACACAAAGACUACUAUGAACACGAUCUUUCAACUCCUGAUGUUGAAGGCAAAAAAUGGAGUUCUCAUUUGGAUUGCAAAAUCCAAUGCCAAAAACUACCUAACUGCGAGGUAUACACUUACAUCAAUGAUCCGAGCGACCCAUGUUACCAAAAUUGCUUCUUGAAGGACAGUUCCGAGGGCGGUCUUAUAUAUAAUUUUAAUUUCAUUGCGGGACCCAAGUUUUGUCCUUAGUCUUAAGAAUUGGUUUGUAUCACGAACACAUUGAGAAACAACACACAUCUCUUGAUCUACGUACAGGCACUGAAUAAAAUGAUAACAUCGAA